CGGGGCGAGCCGCCAUUGGUCGGCCGAGAGUCAGCGCGCUCCCAUUGGCCGCGGGGGCGGGGGCGCGGCGGAGGGAACGGAGCGGGCUGGCUGCACGCGGGAGAACGGCGCGGCGCGGCUGAGCGCAGCGGCGACCGUAGCGACGUUGCCAUGGAGACGACGGCGCAUCCCUAUUGGCCGCGCUCUCUGCCGUUGCCGGGCUACGUGGCCAGCGCGCGCCCCGGCUGGCAGUCCGCAGGCGCGGUGGCGGCGGCAGGGGCGGGGCUAUUGGCGUUGGGUUGGGCGUUGGGCGGGGCUAAGGGCGGGGCGAGGGGCGGGGCAUCGCGAAGCCCCGCCCGCCGCCUGGCUCUGGGCUGGUUCCUGAUGUGCGCGGGGAUUCAUGGGAUACUGGAGGGCUACUUCAGCCUCCGGCACCGGGAGCUGCCCGCCGCCACCGGGCUCCUGGCCGAUGUCUGGAAGGAGUACGCCAAAGCGGACAGCCGUUACAUGACGAGCGAUGACUUCACGGUUGCCAUGGAGACGGUGACAGCCUGGGCCUGGGGCCCCCUCAGCUUCCUCACCUUCCUUGCCUUCCUGCGGCACCACCCGACCCGCUACAUCCUGCAGCUCCUCGUCUCCCUCGGGCAGCUGUACGGGGACGUGCUGUACUUCGCCACAGAGGCCCAAGCAGGCUGGAGCCACAGCGACCCCCAGCCCCUCUACUUCUGGGGCUACUUCGUGGGGCUGAAUGGGCUGUGGGUGCUGGUGCCCGCCGCUCUCCUGGCCGACGCCUGCCGACACCUGGCCGCUGCCCAGCGCGCCUUCGACCGCCCCCGCCACAAGGCCCACUGAUCCCGGCCGGGAGCUCCGUACGGAAAAGCCGAGUGGCCGUUCGGGGUGAAUUCGGGGAUCCCCCGAGCCCUCCGGAGUUGGAUUCGGUGCCUACUGGGGGUGACGCCGGGGUUGCUGAGCUCAGGGACAGCGGCCCGGAUGGCUGGGUCCCUUUGGGGAGGAGAGGACACACAGACACACACCCCCCCCCCCCCCGUUCCCCCCGAAUAAACGAGCUGGAACCGGA